AUGGGACGGCCACAACCGCCGCGGCCGCCGCCGCCGCCGCCGCCGCCGCCGCUGCCGCGGCGCUGCCGGCGGCGGCGGCGACGGCGGUACAACCUGCUGACGGCGGCGGCAGGGCCACGGGUGCAGGAAAGGGGGGCAUCUUUGAGCGGCAGCAGGCCGGCGGCUAGCGGUGGCGGCUCCGUGGAGCUGAUGCCGCCACCGCCGCCGCCGGCGAAGCCGGAGCCGAAGGAGGCUAACGGGAGCAGCAACGGGAGUGCCGUCGCGAGCAGUCACGGGAGCAGGAAGAGCUCGGGCUCGCGCAAGGUGGGGAAGAGACAAGGGGGCUCUAGUAACAAGAGCGGGGGGCGAAGCGGCCAUGGGGGGCGGUCGGAGGAUGGACCGGCCACGAGUGAUAGGGACGAGCAUCCGUGGAAGGUUGGGUCUACGCUGGAGGUUAUCACGUGGAACAGAACGGACCGGAAGUUCUGCGACAUCGUUGAAACCGCCCCCAUCUCGGCCAUGACGGACGACCCGGACCCUGCCAAGCGAACCAAGUACUACGUGCACUACCACGGGCUCAACAGACGGAUGGACGAGUGGGUCGGGGCCGACCGGGUGACCAAGCCGCCAUCGGUGGCUAAGGCGCAAGCCAAGGCGCAGAAAGAAGAGACGGAGCGGGCCCGGAAAGAGUUCGAGCGGGACAAUUCUGCGGAAGUUGACCUGGGGAUUCGCACCCGUCAGCAGAAGCGAAAGAUCGGAGACACGGAAGAAGAAGAGGUGGCCGGGGCGGGAGGCCUGGGGGGUCACGGCGGGCAGACGAUGCAUAUGGACGACGAUCACGAUGAGCACCAUGGUCUGGACGAGGCGUCUCUUAAGGAGCACGAGGAGGUCACCAAGGUCAAGAACGUGAACGGGGUCGAGCUCGGGCGAUACCGGAUGGAGUGCUGGUACUUCUCCCCCUUCCCCAAAGAGUUCUACCCGGAUGGCUACGUGGACACCCUCUAUUUCUGCGAGUACACUCUCAGAUACUUCCGUCACAAGAAGGAGCUUCUUCGGUUUCAGAGGAAGCAGAAACCGCCCCGACACCCUCCGGGCAACGAGAUCUACCGCAACGGCAACCUUGCCAUGUUCGAGGUGGACGGGGGGGAACAGAAGGAGUACGGCCAGAACCUGUGCUCCCUGGCCAAGCUAUUCUUGGACCACAAGACCUUGUACUACGACGUCGAUCCCUUCCUCUUCUACGUCUUGUGCGAGGUGGACAGCUUCGGUUUCCACCCGGUGGGCUACUUCAGCAAGGAGAAGUACUCCGACCUCGGGUACAACCUGGCGUGCAUCCUGACGUUCCCGUCCUACCAGCGGAAGGGCUACGGGAGGGUUCUCAUCGCCUUCUCGUACGAGCUCAGCAAGAAGGAGGAGAAGGUCGGCAGUCCCGAGAAGCCUCUGUCGGACUUGGGCGCGGCAGCGUACCGAUCGUACUGGGCCAGCGUCAUCAUCCAGGCGAUGCAAUCCUUCGAGGGGCGCGAGCUGGCGAUCGUGGACGUGUCGAAAGCAACUUCGGUUAUCUCGGAGGACGUGAUAGACACGAUGACUCGCCUCGGCAUGCUCAAGUACGCCGACGGAGAGCACCGCAUCGUCGCCACGCGGGUGAUGCUGAGCACCCUCGCCACCAAGUAUCCCAUCAAGGAGCCCCGAGUGGACCCGAAUAAGGUACACUGGACACCCCUCGUUGACUCAGCGCACCUUGGGGACAAGUUCUUUAUCCGGAACAAGAUUCCUCCAAGCGCGGAAACAGUGGACAUGGAGGAAGAGGAGUAGAUGGCGGAGCAAUCAUUUACUUGCUUUCGGCCGUAGAUUUUCAAACUCUCUGUGCUGUAACAACACGGUGCCGCCUCUAGCUAAUAGUCCGCGCCUUUAGAAACGUGAUGGCGUUGAGGGGGAGAUAGAUCAUACUCCCGACUCAGACACCGGGCGCUUGUGGAAGUAACUGCUGUACACUGUAUACUGCAUUUCAUGCUGGGUGUAUUGUAGUGUUUGUUGGUGUUGGGCGUCUGUUUGCUGGGGUAGAAGUAAAUGACUUGGGACCGAAACCACCUGUUGCUGAGAUAUACAUAGUCUAAGUACGUACUUUGUUCACUUCAAAUGAUGAAAAUGCUCUAUUAAUAGU